UUUUUAUAAAUUGUAAUUACUAUAACUUAGCGCAAAUGUUUUUCAUUCAACAUUUGUGCAUUUUUCAAAUAAGGUGCGGGUGCUGUGUAACGCCGCAUUGCCGCAUAUCGAUACAUUUUGUGCAGUGAGCGACGCAACAGCUGUUAUGAGCUGGGCUUUGUAUAUUCCCAAGCAUCGACGAAGAAAAAAGUUAGAAACGGGUUGUGUGUUGUUAGUGUAGAAACUUUGAAGCGGACAGAGAGUAGUUAAACGCCUGAGUUCAUUUAACUGCGCCAAGAAUCUCACUCAAUUUACAUUGACCGCAGCAUCAGUGCAAAAUUGUUGUCUUUUCAAAAGUGUUUGCGGGGGUGUGUGAAAAAAAUCAAAUAUGUCUAUGAGUAAUUUAUCAGUAGACGGGGAGUUCCGCUAUAUCAUACAAUGGUUUAACGAAUGGAGCGAGCUGCAACGCGACGAUUUCGUUUAUGUAUUGGUGGAAUAUCUCACACGAGAAGGUGAAGCUGGCACUGGAAAUGGAAAUGGCAGCUAUGUGAAUGGCGUCGUCAAUUCGUUGGCCACGUCUGGAGUGCAGGACAAGCCGAUGAGUCUAUUUCAAUGCCGCAUUAAACUGUUUCGUGAAUGGAAUCCAAAGUGGCCAAGUGACUUCAAAUGCAAACUGCAAGAGAAAAUCAACGAGAUUGACCCCAAAGUCGGAGAAAAAAUCAUCAAUGAGCUGAAGACGCCGCAUUCAAUGCACAAUGGUGAUGUAGCUGUGCAUUUAAAUGUAAAUGGAACUAGCGGCAACUCAGUAGAUUGUGAACUAGAGCAAUCGCCAACAACAGUCUCAGAUACAUUGCCGGUCACAAUAGAUUCAGAUCCAACUUCAACAUCAGCAGUUGUGGAAGUAAACGCUGCUAUUGACCAGACUUUGGAGACAGAUAAUGAUAAUCAUUUGGCAGCCGUGUUGCGUCAAGAAACACCAGUCGAUGAUGAUGAUGAUGAUGUUAAUAAUGAUGAUCAAGCUCAUGCUGACACAAAUGGCACUUAUGCAUCUUCGUCGUCUGCUUCAGUGACAACGAUUGCGGUGAAUGCGUCCCCAACUCUACAGCAGCAACAGUCGCCGUUGAUCGUCGAACCUGUAGAACAGGUCGAGAAUAACGUUUCAGCCAGUGUCAUUGUUACUGUUGCCUCUGCUGCUGCGCCGCCGACAGCAACUGCAGCUGAAAUAGUCCCGGUGGCAUAGAUGAUGGCGCCUACUUUGAUGAUCAACGAACGAAAAAGGCUUAACGCAACAUCAGCACUCAGCAUCAAUUACAUUCCAUAUACAUAUACAUACAUUUCUAGAAAGUUAGGCAUUCUAUAUUUUAAGUUCAAGUGCAUUCUACUAAACCAUGUUAGUAAUACUUUUGUGAAGAGCGCUGUAAGAAGAUCAAAAUAUAUAUAAAUACGUGACUAUUCUCUCUGACUGCAAUAA